CACAGGCUAGGUCUCAGGCUUCCCUGGUGACCAAUAACCAAUGGGAGACACCUGAGCGGCCAAGGAGUGAGUGAGAGUCCAGCCCCGGGCCUGAUUGAGAGGCCGAGCUGGCUAUUGCACAGUUGGGAGUUCGGAAGACCGCAACGUGGCGUGGAGCGCCGCGGGAGCGCUGCUGGCCUGGGAGCCACCUUCCGAGCCCGAUUUUCCAUGGCUGUAUAAGGAGUAGCACUUCGGUAGCCGGGGAGCUGGAGGGGCACCUGAUUUGAGAUCAAUUCGUGGAGAACACAAGAAGUAUGGUGGCAUGUUUCAGGAGGGGUUGAGUGAGACAGACCACAGCUCUGAAGCUUCCCCUGCUGCUAUGUCAUUCCCAUGUGGUGGUGAGCUAAAAGGAUUGAACCAGCUGCCCUUUGACCCUGCCAACAACAACGAGCCCCUGCAGUUUGGUAGUGCUAGUGGCCCUUUGGCCACAGAAGGUACCAGUGAGAAUGGAGGGGAGUCAAGCAAGAAAAGAAAGAGACCAAAUACUCCAUCAGGUUUCAGGUCAAUUCCUACCAGGCCCGAACAACUUUCUACCUCAGCACCCAGCCUUUUAUCUUUUUUCAAACUGGGUGUGGCACAAGCUGAUUGGUUACAAACAGAGUCCAUCGAGGUGCUGACAAAUAAAGCUGAUAAUAGUAGAACUCUGAAUGUGGAUUCCACUGCAAUGACGUUACCUAUGUCUGAUCCAACUGCAUGGACCACAGCAAUGAAUAAUCUUGGAAUGGCACCAUUGGGAAUUGCUGGACAACCAAUUUUACCUGAUUUUGAUCCUGCUCUUGGAAUGAUGACUGGAAUUCCACCAAUAACUCCGAUGAUGCCAGGCUUGGGAAUAGUACCUCCACCAAUUCCACCAGAUAUGCCAGUUGUUAAGGAGAUUAUACACUGUAAAAGCUGCACACUAUUCCCUCCAAAUCCAAAUCUUCCACCCCCUGCAACCCGAGAAAGACCACCAGGAUGCAAAACAGUCUUUGUGGGUGGCCUUCCUGAAAAUGGAACAGAGCAGAUCAUUGUGGAAGUGUUUGAACAGUGUGGAGAAAUCAUUGCUAUUCGGAAGAGCAAAAAGAAUUUUUGUCAUAUUCGCUUUGCUGAGGAAUAUAUGGUGGACAAAGCCCUUUAUUUGUCCGGUUACCGCAUUCGCCUGGGCUCUAGCACUGACAAGAAAGACACAGGCCGGCUCCACGUGGAUUUCGCACAGGCUCGGGAUGACCUGUAUGAGUGGGAAUGCAAACAGCGUAUGCUAGCAAGAGAGGAGCGCCACCGUAGGAGAAUGGAAGAAGAAAGACUGCGCCCUCCAUCCCCACCCCCGGUGGUCCACUACUCAGAUCAUGAAUGCAGCAUCGUUGCUGAAAAACUGAAAGAUGAUUCCAAGUUCUCAGAGGCUGUGCAGACUUUGCUUACCUGGAUUGAGCGAGGUGAGGUCAACCGUCGUAGUGCCAACAACUUCUACUCCAUGAUCCAGUCAGCCAACAGCCAUGUCCGCCGCCUGGUGAAUGAGAAAGCGACCCAUGAGAAAGACAUGGAAGAAGCCAAGGAAAAGUUCAAGCAGGCCCUUUCUGGAAUUCUCAUUCAGUUUGAGCAGAUAGUAGCCGUGUACCAUUCUGCCUCAAAACAGAAGGCAUGGGACCACUUCACAAAAGCCCAGCGUAAAAACAUCAGCGUUUGGUGCAAGCAAGCUGAGGAAAUGCGCAACAUUCAUAAUGAUGAAUUAAUGGGAAUCAGGAGAGAGGAAGAAAUGGAAAUGUCUGAUGAUGAAAUAGAAGAAACAACAGAAACCAAAGAAGCUGAAGAACCAGUGUCACAGGCAGAAGCUCUAAAGGAAGAAAAUGACAGCCUUCGUUGGCAGCUUGAUGCAUAUCGGAAUGAGGUAGAGCUGCUUAAGCAAGAACAAGGCAAAACCCACAGAGAAGAUGACCCAAACAAGGAUCAGCAGCUGAAACUCCUGCAGCAAGCCCUGCAAGGAAUGCAACAGCAUCUACUCAAAGUCCAAGAAGAAUAUAAGAGGAAAGAAGCAGAACUUGAAAAAAUAAAAGAUGACAAGUUACAGGUGGAAAAAAUGUUGGAAAGUCUUAAAGAAAAGGAAAACUGUGCUUCUAGGCUGUGUGCAUCAAACCAGGAAAGUGACUACCCACUAGAGAAGAACCUGAACAGCAGUCCUAUCAAAUCAGAACGUGAAGCACUACUUGUGGGGAUUAUCUCCACAUUCCUUCAUGUCCAUCCAUUUGGAGCAAGCAUUGAAUACAUCUGUUCCUACUUGCACCGUCUAGAUAAUAAGAUGCUAUCCUUUGGGGGAGCUAACAGAGCAUCAGGAGCAAGGAUCUGUACCAGCGAUGUGGAAUGCCUCAUGAGCAGACUCCAGCAUACCUUCAAGCAGGAAAUGACGGGCGUUGGAGCCAGCUUGGAGAAGAGGUGGAAAUUCUGUGGCUUUGAGGGCUUGAAACUGACCUGAAUCAUUUUACCUACCAACCAACCUGGGAUCCUGAAAAUAAAUGUGUGUUUGACAGAGCUUAGAAAAUGAUUUGUAUUUUCCAUGGUUUUCAAGUGGAAAUUGCUUUGAAUUUGUCCAUCCAUUCCUGGAAUAUCUUUUGCAUUAAAAUAAGGAUCCUAGAGCAGCACCUCAAAGUUCAGGUCCUAACAAAGACUCAAACCUCAAGUGCUGUAACUUCCUCCCUUUCUGUCAAUUGGUUGUCUUUGGUUUUUAUUAGUGGUAUUGAAAAAAGGCCUGAGGCUAAAGAGUAUUGGGGGUGGGUGUUUUUGGUGUCCGUACUACUGUUGUAGAUUUGGUAUUUUUUGAAGCACUGUUCACUGAGAUGUUUUGCUGAUUUGUAUGUGAUUCAUAUUUCAGAACAUGUCUUCACAUUAGUGUUAACUGCUGGUGAGAGGAUCGAGAGGAGCACUAAGGAUACUCCUUAACUGACAUAGUCUUUCCAAUCCCAGUUAAAAUAAAUAUCAGUGUCUUCUAGAAGGUACUUGACCAGGUUCACCUUUUAAAAGACAAAGCAUGGUCCAUGGCUUUUUGCAAAAUUAUUGUGAGCCAAAAGUUGAUAAAUGUUCCAAAGUUAUUUUCUCUACUAUAUCAGAAUAAAAGGUUUAUGUGAAAACUUUAAAAAUAAAUACAUCUAGGUGUAUUCGCAGAAAGCCAGUGUCCAGUGUGAGUGGCAUGUGUCUGUGCUAUUCAGAAUCAUCUUGUACAUAGUUUGCUUUGCAAAGAGGGCAUGUUUAGUUUUCUAUGGAUUUAGACACAUGUGCACAAGCGUGUGUGUGUGUGUGUGUGUGUGUGUGUGUGUGUGUGUGUAUUGUGUAUGUAUGUGCGUGCUCGCACAUUUGCCAGCAUUAACAGGGAUUUAUUCUAAUAUGCUUUCUUACCCCUCUGGUCUUCUUACUGAGUCUGUUGGUCCUUUUUCUUCUCAUGUCAGUGUGUUGAAUUGCAAAUAGUGGACUGUUGUUAAUACUGUUUACUUCAUGCUGAAUGUUUGCAGAGAGUUUCUGUGAGUACUAAGAGGAGACUGUUCAAAAUGGAAGUAAAUGAUGGGCCAGGGUGUGCAGACAUGUCAGCUUCCUCUAGCGUGUGGGUCACCAGGAACACCUCCAGUUCUAAGGUGCCCAUCAGCAGACUAACAUGGCAGUGUGCACAUGAACCAGUCAAUAAGUCCUGAUUGGAGGAAAAGAAAAGAGAAGGAAGAGGAGUGGGGUGGGAGUGGGGGUUACUAUGCUAAGGUAGAUGCCCCCUUCUUUCUGUGGUGGUGCUUCUAGUACACAACCAUACCUUCCCUCAAAUCUUGAUUCAAAAUAAGAGACUGCCCUAAGAAUGCAAACCGAUGGAGAGUACUUCCGGAAAAAAAAAGUCCUUUGUGAAUGAGAUGUCAGUAGUGUUCCAAGUUGCAUUUUAAGAGAUAAGUAUUCAUCUUAUAUACCUCAGUUUGGUGUUCUGUUUUUGAAUAACUGGCUCUCUGAGUAAUCCUUUAGCUGGUGAUGUCAGUCACCAGAAGCUUGGAAGAAGACGCUGCUAGACUUUCUCUGCCUUGGUAACUAGCAGGAAAAAAAAAAGUUCAAGGCAUCCCCAUUCCUGCUUCCCUCUCAAGCACCCAGCUGUGGCACCAGUAGAAGACUAGCUUCCUCACUAAAGUAUCUCUGCCAUCCAUGCUGGGGCGGGGGGCUUGAUUCAUCAUUCUCAGGGCUCCUGGAAUGUUUUUUCUUAAUAAUCACUGAAAUCAAGAGAAACUUGCUACUGAUCAAUUACUUAUUAUCUAAACAAGUGGCCUAAAAGGAAAAUUUCAAGCUAACAACUGCCAUACCCAGGACCUGUUCUCUUCUUUACUUGGUGUAUUUGUAUUACAAAUGGUCUUCUCCCAUCAUUCCUAUCAAUUGAGUCCAGGUGUACUUCUUCCAGCCUACUUGGAUUUGCUAUGCGCUCUGUUUAAUUUUAUGUAUUAAGUUGGCCAGGCUACAGUGCCAGGUUGCUUGAUCAAACACCAGCCUAGAUGUUGCUGUGAAGGUAUUUUUGAGAUGUUAUUAACAUUCAAAACUAGUACUCUUUGAAUGAAGCAGAUUAUCCUCCAUAAUGCAGGUGGACCUUGUCCAAUCAGGAGAGAGCCUUAAGAGAAAAGACGAAGGUCCUCUAAGGAAAAAGGGAUUGUGCCUCCAGGUUUCCUUUGGACUCAAAACUGCAGCAUUGAUGCCUGCCAGAAUUUCCAAAUUGCCAGCCAGCCCUGCAAAUUUCAAACUUGCCAGCCCCUACAAUCACCUGAGCCAAUUCCUUAAAAUAAGUGUGUGUGUGUGUGUGUGUGUGUGUGUGUACGUAAAUUUCACAUUAAUUCUGCAUCUCUGAAAGACUCUGACUAAUCCACCUGUUCACAGUGUAAAAAUAGAAUAAGUUUGCAUUAUAUUGCAUAAUCAAAUUGCUGCACAUACCAUCUCUCCAUCUUUCCACAGUGAGUUUCGACUCACUGUGGAAAUCUAUUAAUGAAGAAAUUUCUUUUUACAAAUGUUCAGUGCUGUUUAUUGUUUCAUUGCCCUUACUGACUUUUGAACUGUUAGGAAUUUGUUAUUUUUAGGAGACGUGGAAGGUAGUUUUUUUUUUUUUUUGUCAUGUAAUGAUGAACAGGUGUGUUUUAAUCUUACAAAUGAUUAUUUCAUCUCCCUCCCAGUCCUGUGAAACCUCUAGUUCAGAUUUUGUUAAUAUUUCCUAUUGAUUUUAAAUAUCGUCCAUGAAAAGUGAAAGGUUGAUUUUUGGGGACACAAUCAGACAUGUAACUGUGCUCAAGUUACAUAAAUGCAAUUUCAUUUGAGCUUCAAAAUGUAUGGCUUUCAUAUAAUGCAAAAUAAACUGUGUUGCUUAAAAAGACA